AUGAACGCGCUUGUAGGCUCUGGGACGAUGAUGUCGUCCUAUUGGCGAGGCAACGACACACCCAGCGCCCCAAGCAGUUCUGGCGGCACCGGUGCGGCACCACCCCCGAGCAACACGCGAGUUCCUGUCAAGGACCAACGAAAGCCGAAGCCAAAGCCGAAGGAGCUCUUCUUUCCGGUGGUGGACCCACAGCUCUACCGACACCGCUACAACACUUCGAAAGAAGCACGUGGUACCUUCCGAUUGAUUCAUGUAUGCGGCAUCGACUUGUACCUCAGCACGGACUUUUGGAUCGGGGUGAUUCCGAUGGGCAUUACCGUGGUGUUGAUCGUCGCGAACAUGGCGCUCGUGUGGGAGGAGAUCGGGUGGCGGGAGUACAUCUUCACUCUCUUCGUGCUGGCCACGACUUUCACUUCGUACUUCCUCACGACCACGGCCGACCCUGGCAUCUAUCCCCGUCUGCGGAGUGACGAGAGGGACCCGUUGGAGGGAAACAUGGAGCUGGUGUUCUGCAAGCAGUGUCGCCUGCGCCGACCUCCCCGCUGUUCCCAUUGCUACCACUGUGACGUGUGCGUCCUCGAGCACGACCACCACUGCACCGUCCUCGGGGGUUGUGUUGGGGUGCGCAAUCUGCGGUGGUUCACCCUCUAUCUGCUAUCCUGCUGCUCAUCCACAAUGAUUGGCGUGGUGUGGCUCUCCCGCUCGCUGUACUUCGACCUAUACGCAGAUGAUAGCACAACCAGGACGGUUACGCCGUAUCCAACUUACCCCGGCGGCCGGCGUCGGUUUGAGGACGGCAUGAGUGGUGCUGAAGGCAGAACUGGAAAGCACCUGCUGGAGAUUCUUAUUCUUAUGCUGGACUGCCUUGUGGUGAUGCUGGUGGGCGCGAUGCUGUUCAUUUACAUCUACCUCACGCUGACCGACACCACUCGUCGUGAGUCAUUACGCAAGCAGAAUUCUAUCAAAGCGCUGCUGCAUCCCACGGUGGUGUGGAAAAACAUGCUGAAGGCCGCUCAUCCACCACCGUCGCUGCUGACCUCCGACGGUCAAAGGUAUGAAGAGAUGAUGCGCCUCGUGUGA